AACAGGUUGAAGUUGAUUUUACAGUCGUGUGAUCAAAAGUGACUUUAAUUUUAAUUAACCAAAUUUCUGAGAAUUGUGAUUGCAUUUUGUGUUAUUCCCAUGAUGAAGUCGGCAUCCGCAUGCAAGUCUGUGGGAAUCCUUCUAGUUACCACAAUGUUGAUAUGCGCAGCUCACGCACAACAAAAUUGUCGCAAUCCAAAUCAAAACACGGGUUAUUGCCUAUCAAUCUAUGACUGCCCCAUCCUGAUUGAUCUGCUCCAGAAGAGUGCGCUGACUAGCGAUGAGCGCAACUUUUUGCGGGAGUCCCAAUGUGACAAUGGAUUUGGUCGAAAACCAUUUGUCUGCUGCACUCAAGAUAAGAACUAUGUUGGUCUUCCAACAGCAACACCUACAGCAACAACAACUACAACAACCACAAGGAGGCCUCAACCCACACCUUUCAUUGGAGGAGAUGAUCAAGGAGAAAGCUUGCUGCCUAGAGAACCGGCUUGUGGACCGAGCUCAUUCCUCGAUCGCAUUUACAAUGGCAACGACACGGCACUCGAUGAUUUUGUAUGGAUGGCUCUGCUGGAGUAUAGGGAACGCACUGGAAAACUUGUAUUAAACUGUGGCGGCAGUCUGAUCAAUAAUCGUUACGUUCUGACUGCAGCCCAUUGUGUGAUCGGUAAAGUCACCACGGAUGUGGGUCAGCUCGCCAAAGUCCGUUUAGGCGAAUACGACAUUAGCAAGGAUAUUGACUGUGUAAAUGGGGUGUGCAACAAGCCCGUGAUUGAAAUCGACAUUGAGGAGUCCAUCGUGCAUCCUCAGUAUGAUGCGAAUAGCAAUGAUCGGCAUCAUGACAUUGCUCUACUGCGUCUCAGCAAACCUGUCGAGCUCAGCGCGUUUUUGCAGCCAGUGUGUUUGCCAUUGGCCAGCGUUCGAUCGGUAAUUAACCCCAAUGAAGAACUCGUAGUCAGCGGCUGGGGACGCACUCUUACAUCGCGGCAGAGCAACAUUAAGCAGCGUCUCGAAAUUCCCGUGGCAGAUCAGGAUUACUGCAAGAAGAAAUUUUCGACGAAGAAUAUCAAUCUGAUCAGUUCGCAGUUGUGUGUGGGCGGUGAAUUCGUUCGCGAUAGCUGUGAUGGGGAUUCGGGUGGACCACUGAUGCGCAACAAGAAUGCCUGGUAUUUGGAGGGAGUCGUCUCGUUUGGUAAUGCAUGCGGUCUGGAGGGUUGGCCUGGCGUCUAUACACGCGUAUCCGACUAUAUCGACUGGAUAGUGAGUACGGUUCGUGCGUAGAGGAGCAAUUGGAGUAGCCAAAAUGCACCUUUUGUCAAAAUAAGUUUUAAUUAAAAGAGAGCCAAGAGCCAAACUUAACCAA